AUGGCGCCAACAGAUCCUCAUCAAGGUGGAGACCUUUUUGACAUGGCCAAAGAUGGAACCACGAUUCCAGGAGACGCUGGAAAGAUGAAUCUCAUACCAUCAAAGCCCCGGCCUGGAGAAGGUGAAGGCGACGUCAAUGCCAACGGUACUUCUCUCGCGGGUGCUGCCAGCAAUCCAACAGAUAUUUCAAGAGGCGUGAAGGAUAUCGGUGCUACAGGAGAGGUCGAAACUGGUACCGGUGACCAGCUUCCGGGCGCCGUCGAAAGCAAGCGCCUACACUAUGGUGCCAACGAUCCCGUAGCCAAGGGCCACGACAGAGUCGAUAAACAUCGUAAACAGCAGGAGAGCGAUAUUGAGAGAUACGCUGCAGCGGGACCAGGAAUGGACAGACAGCCUGGGGAAGAGAAAUUGACUGAUGCGGAGCUCGAUAGAGCUACUAGUCAACGAGAGGCCAAGCAGACAUAG